GCAGAAAGGACGGAUGCUACAAUGCUGACCAUACAUAUUGUCUUGUUUCACAUCACCUUGCUCUGUGCCUUCACCAAACCAAAUGAGAUCAAACCAACCCGUGUGAUGGUUACCAAGCUGGGAGGCACUGUUACUCUCGCCUGCUGCAAUCCAAACAAGUCGAUUACCAGAUUUGAUUGGUACAAGCAGAAUUUUGGACAGAAACCGCUUCACAUGGCAUCAUCUGUUUAUCGGGGCCAGGAGAGUCAUUAUCCCGAAAGGUUUGCCAAUGUGUUUACUGAGACUAAACGUCUGAGUAUCAAGAGAGGAGAAGACAGCUUCAACUUGACAAUCUCCGAGGCAGAGCCUGGGGACUCGGCUAUGUACUACUGUUCAGUUUCCAACAUCUUUGAUGUCACAUUCGAAGAGGGUACUGUUUUAAUUGUCAAAGACUCAGGAUCCAAAUGCAUGUCUUUGAAUCAGCAACCUGUUUCAGAAUCAGUCCAUCCAGGAGACUCUGUGACUCUAAACUGUACAAUAAACACUGGGACCUGUGAAGGAGAACACAGUGUCUAUUGGUUCAGACGUGACUCAGGAGAAUCCCAUCCAGGAAUAAUUUAUACCAAUGGAGACAGGAGUGGUCAGUGUAUGAAGAGCCCUGAGUCUGGGUCUCCUACACAGAGCUGUGUCUACAACCUCCCCAAGAGCAACCUCAGCCUCUCUGAUACUGGGACUUACUACUGUGCUGUGGCCUCAUGUGGAGAGAUACUGUUUGGGAAUGGAACCAAGCUGAAUGUUCAAGACCCGUUGGGUAAUCCGAUUUAUCCUCUACUCUUCAUCGUUAUUUCUUUCCUGACAACUACUGUAAUUAUCAACAUUAUAUUCUGUAUGAGAAUGAAGAGGUCACAAUGUGAACACUGUGCAGCAGGGACCCUUUCUCAUCAAACCCAGCAUGGGAACACCAGCAUGUCACGUGAAGAGCUCCAUGAUGAUGAUGAUGAUGAUAAUGAAGGCCUGACUUAUGCCGCCCUGAAGUUCACUGACAAGAAAAGUACUAAGUCCAAGAGACUGCCUAGGGAACAGAGAGAUUUGAAAGAGCAGAAAGAACAGGAACCCGUCUACUCUCGUGUGAGUCGUCAAAACCGAAUGUGACAUGUGAGGUCCCACAUUUGACCUGCAUGUUCAGCUUGAUUGAAUAUUUUACAUGGCUAUUCUGUAUACUUCUCAUCGAAUGACAUAGCAUGGGACUAGCUUAAUUAAGAGACUGCAAAGGCAUAAUUUACUUAAUCUCAUUGUCAUAUUUACUUUCAACCACUUGGUAGAAGUAUUACGAGUCUGCAAAUUGUAUUCCAAAACAAUUACAAGAUUCAUAGAUUUGGAGGCAUAAGUUGAC